UGUGGCGUAUGGCAGGGGCGUGGUUAAGCGCGCAGUUUCCACACCUCUUAGUGGUUUCCGUGUCAUACUGAAGAGUGGGGGGCUGAGGCUAUACCCCGGUGCUGUCUCUGCUGCUGCCCCGGGGAAGAUGGCGGCUCUCUCGGCCUGGUUCUGGAAUGAGCGCUUUUGGUUGCCGCAGAACGUUACUUGGGCGGACCUGGCAGACACGGAGUCCGGGGAGCAAUACCCCCAGGCAGGACACAUCCUUUCCGCCCUCCCUGUAGCCCUGGGGAUCUUCGCUGUCAGGCUGCUGUUCGAGAGGUUUAUCGCAAAGCCAUGUGCACUUCGUGUGGGAAUCCAAAGCAGCGGCCCACGCAGAGCUCAGCCCAAUGCCAUACUAGAAAAAGUAUUUGUGUCCAUUACAAAGUGUCCUGAUGGGAAAAGGCUGGAAGGCUUAUCCAAACAGUUAGACUGGGAUGCACGCAAGAUCCAAAGAUGGUUCCGACAUAGGCGGAAUCAGGACAAGCCAAGCACACUUACAAAAUUUUGUGAGAGCAUGUGGAGGUUUACAUUUUACCUGUAUAUAUUUUCCUAUGGAAUCCGAUUUCUUUGGUCGACCCCAUGGUUCUGGGAUACACGACAGUGCUGGUAUAAUUAUCCUUAUCAGCCACUUACUUCGGGGGUGUACUAUUAUUACAUCAAAGAGCUGGCAUUCUACUGGUCCCUUAUGUUCUCUCAGUUUACAGAUAUUAAGCGCAAGGAUUUCCUGAUCAUGUUUAUUCAUCAUUUGGCAACAGUUGGUCUAAUCUCCUUUUCUUAUGUCAAUAACAUGGUGCGUGUUGGAACCCUGGUCAUGUGCUUGCAUGAUGCUUCUGAUUUUUUGCUAGAGGCAGCAAAACUGACAAACUAUGCAAAAUUCCAGCGUUUGUGUGACUCUUUCUUCAUGUUCUUCGCACUUGUGUUUGUUACCACGCGACUUAUUAUUUUUCCCCUAUGGAUCUUGAACACCACAAUGUUUGAGAGCUGGGAGCUUAUUGGUCCAUAUCCUUCUUGGUGGCUGUUUAAUGGUCUCCUCCUGGUCCUGCAGAUUCUUCACAUCAUAUGGUCUUACCUCAUACUUCACAUUGCAUACAAGGCUUUGAUAAGGGGAAAGGUUGGAACUGGAAAAUAUCACCCUUUGCCUGUACUGAAAGAUGAUCGCAGUGAUGUUGAAAGCAGCUCAGAAGAGGAGGAUACUGCUUUGAAUGGCACCAAAGCAAUCCACAAUAACGGUGCCAACCGGGUGAAUGGCCAUACAACAUCAACUAGUCAGUGGGCUGAAGAAUAAGUUAUUAGCAUACCUCCAGGAGACAGGCUGUUGUAUCCUAAGAGACUUCUCAUGAGACACAGACUACUUUAUUCCUCACAAAACCAAUGCUGAACUCUGCUCACCCGGCGGAGGAACCUCUCUCAUUGGUGAAGCCCUUGGAUACCCUGCACCAUAUGACAGAUUUUAUUCCAGCCUCUACUUGAUCAUUUUUACAUUCUACCUGGAAAAGGAAUCUGAUCUGGUUUAAAAGAGAAUGGCUUUCCGCUACACAGCUUGUUCUCUGUGCACACACUGCAGACUCCUCAACUCUCUCUAAUGCUGCACAAGCAUUCAUUUUGUGCAGAUCUCUCACAGCAGCUGCUCUGCAGACCAGACUGCUACGUGCAGUAGCUGGAGUAGACCGAAUAGGACCAAUGGUGGCAUGAUCAGGUACCCAGUGUAACACUUGGUGUUGAUAUCUUGUCACAAGGCGGUGGUGUCUAAAGUGAGUUAAACAUUGUGCCGCCAGAAAACAGCACUGGGACUCUCGCACAGCAGUGCCAGGUACAGCGGCUGAAAACCCAAUGAAAGGCUGUGUGUAGAAACAGAAAGUGUGCGCCUUAAUAUGUAAUAUUUUAUAUCAUUGUUUACUUUAUUCUGUGAAAAAAAAUUAAAAAAAAUUAUAAACAUUGGUCACUUUUUUUUUUUCUAUUUAGUUCCUAAGCCACACUUUUUUCCUUUUCAGUCCACUUGGCAUAAAGGAUUGUUAUCCUCCUGAGUUUUGUAGAAUUUGACCAAUGACCAAUAUCCUCCAACCCCCAAAAAUUAAAAUGAUUAAUUUGCAGUUA